CUAUCUAGUACAGCUUGAUGGCAGCUAGCUUGAUUGCACCCCUCCCGUCCCCUCAGUCGCUUGUGGAACUGAAGCUGCCUCUCCCGUCUCUUUAAUCGGCUCACGCCGCCACAAAAACAGCGUUUUAAAGGGGUUCCGUCUGUCGUCCUUUGUCCCCAUUGCCCUUUUUAGUUUCUGAGGACAUUAUUCCAUUUCUUUACAAGAACGCCUGGAACCGGAACCGAGGGGGAGCUGUGUUUUUCAGUCUACGUUUGUGGGCGGAUACAGCGGAGGAGGGCAUCCGGGCCUGGCAGCUCCGGAGGGUCCGCUUAAAACCACGGAAUUCACCGUUUACAGGCCGCUCACCGCCCCGCCAUGGAGAAGAUGAAGAGGAUUAAGAAGCGUCUGUCGUUAACGCUCCGCUCGAGUCAGACCAUCGACGAGUCGCUCUCCGAGCUGGCCGAGCAGAUGACCAUCGAGGACGGCGGCACCAAGGACAAUGAGCCAUUCAUGAGGAACGGCCGCCCGCCCACCUCCCACAGCAUGCACUCCUUCCUGCACCAGUACACGGGCUCCUUCAAAAAGCCGCCGCUGCGCCGGCCGCACAGCGUCAUCGGCGGCACCUUGGGCUCGUUCAUGUCCAUCCCGCGCAACGGCAGUCGCUUGGACAUUGUGCACGAGAAUCUUAAGAUGGGCUCCGACGGAGAGAGCGACCAAGCGUCGGGGACGUCGUCGGACGAGGUCCAGUCCCCGACGGGCGUCUGCCUGAGGAACCGAAUCCACCGGAGAAUCUCCAUGGAGGACCUCAAUAAGCGCUUGUCGCUGCCGGCCGACAUCCGAAUUCCCGACGGCUACUUGGAGAAGCUGCAGCUCACCAGUCCUUCGUUCGACCAGCCGCUCAGCCGCCGCUCGCGCCGCGCGUCGCUGUCCGAGAUUGGCUUUGGGAAAUUGGAGACCUAUAUUAAGCUGGACAAACUGGGAGAGGGAACCUACGCCACCGUUUUCAAAGGACGCAGCAAGCUCACCGACAACCUGGUGGCCCUGAAGGAGAUCCGCCUGGAGCACGAGGAGGGGGCGCCGUGUACAGCCAUCAGAGAAGUGUCGUUACUGAAGGACCUAAAACACGCCAACAUUGUGACACUGCACGACAUUGUUCACACCGACAAGAGCCUCACGCUGGUGUUUGAGUACCUGGAUAAAGAUCUGAAGCAGUACAUGGAUGACUGCGGAAACAUAAUGAGCAUGCACAACGUGAAGGUCUUUUUGUUCCAGAUUUUGCGCGGGCUGUCGUAUUGUCACAAGAGGAAAGUUCUCCACAGGGACCUGAAGCCUCAGAACCUCCUCAUCAACGAGAAGGGAGAGCUCAAGCUGGCUGAUUUUGGUUUGGCGAGGGCAAAGUCGGUCCCGACUAAAACGUACUCUAACGAAGUGGUGACUCUUUGGUACCGACCUCCCGACGUUCUGCUGGGCUCCUCCGAGUAUUCGACGCAGAUCGACAUGUGGGGCGUGGGCUGUAUAUUUUACGAGAUGGCCGCCGGUCGGCCGCUUUUCCCCGGCUCCACGGUGGAGGACGAGCUCCACCUCAUCUUCAGGUUACUCGGCACGCCCACGGAGGAAAACUGGCCGGGAAUCUCCUCCGUCGAAGAGUUCAAAUCUUACAACUUCCCCAAAUACAAACCUCAACCCUUCAUCAACCACGCCCCCAGGCUCGACGGCGAAGGGAUCGAGCUGUUGCUGGCUUUCCUCAGAUACGAAUCGAAGAAGAGGAUCUCUGCUGAGGAUGCGAUGAAACAUUCCUACUUCAGGCAUCUUGGGAUGAGAGUUCACACGUUGCAUGAGAGUGUGUCCAUCUUCACAUUGAAGGAGGUGCAGCUGCAAAGAGACCCGGGCUACAGGAACUCCUCGUACCCGGACUCAGGCAACGGCAAGGUCAACCGGAGGCAGAGCAUGCUCUUCUAGACUUGCGGAUGGACACCUUCAUCGUCGCCCUCUCACAUGACCAGCAUGACACAGUGACACGGCCCCUCCCUUCCUGGUUUACCCAACACACACGCAUCCACAUGAACACACGCCUCUUGAGUUAGCUUGACCGUUCAAUUGGUGUGUUUAUUUAUUUCCAGACGGUGGGGGUUGGGCGGGCUGUUUGCUGCUAAAUUCUACUGUAUGUAUUUAACACAAACCUUAUUUGUGUGAGCGUGUGUCUACGUUUGUGUGUGAAGUUGAGCCUCCGUGCUGGGGUUUUUUUUUUUUUGGGCCUCGGCUCCCGAUUAAUUUUGUUUCAAAAUUCCACGGAUGGCGUUCAAGCUGUGAUUCAAGUUUUUGGAGACCACUCGCUUCGUUUGUUUUUAUAUUAACGUGUUUCGAUUUUUGGGUUUUAUUGUCGGAAAUGACACAUUUCAAAGUUUUAAUUUGGCUCUCGGUGGGAGGACACCAAAAUGUAGUAAAAAAUUUUUUGGGUUGAGUCAGAUCAAAUUUGAAGAUUUGGGAUCAAAAUUUGGAGCCACACUGAAACGAGAAAAAAAAUAGUAGUCACAAGAAAAGUUGCAAUAUUAUAACAAUAACUUGAAAAAAAUAAUAAAUGUGAAAAUUCUCACAUUUAUUAUGAAGGCUAUUUUUGUAAAAAUAUAUUUAUUUUUUGCAAAAUACGCUGACUUUAUAAUUCUAAUGGUCCAACUUUUUCCUCUGUUCUUGCAAAAUUCCAGCGUUCCUCAUAAUGUUGACUUUUUUUUUUUUUUUUCUAUAUCUACUAUGGCUUCAUUCUUUUCAAACAGCAACAUUUUUUUUUUUUUCUGAAAACAUUGUGACUUCAUUGCAACAGUGCAAACGCUUUUCUCCAUAACACUCCUGCAACAUUCCAUCAUAUUUCCUCGUAAUGUUCUCUUACUCUACUUGAAAGACGACUUCUUUAUUCUCAUCAAAAUAAUGCAACUCUAGUGCGACUUUAAACAAAACUACAACUUGUAUUUUCUUUUCAGUGUGGCCCAAAUACUUCUCGGAAGAAAGCAGUGCGGGUGGUUUCAGGAUUUUUUUUAUUCCUUCUUUAACUUUUACUGCAGUAACUUUGUGUUUAACCUGCACUUUUGUUUUAAAAACAUAUUGGCAGGCGUUGGCCGAGUGUACCCAACAGUAUUAAGUUCUUUACGUCUGUGACCUUUGAAAUCUCGCGUCAACCUACGGGAGGUGGGGGGGGGGGGGGGUCGUGGGGCAGCGGGGCUUCUCCACACCCCGACCCGAUAUUGUAGUUAAUUUGUAUCGAAGUCUCAUUCCUAGUCGCCGUGCGUUUACUGAAGAGCUCCUCGAUUCUCGCCGCAGACUCAGAAGUGUGCUUUGCUUUCCCGCGCUAGAUCAUGCAGCAGAUAUUUUGUCUAGAAGUGGUACACUCCCCGUAGCAGAGUGUAAAAGCUACAAUGACCCCAGGGAAUGUAUGGAGUGUCUGUAAAUGUUCUACAUUCUGAUCCCAGUCCACGAAAUGUGCAGUAACGACUACUACGACUUGUUUGCAGCUAAUGGUGUCCUAAUCCCGUAAGCACACUGUAUUCGUCUUUCACAAGUAGAUGCAAAAUAUAUGACCGAUCGUUCGACAUGGCAAAGUGAACCUAUUUUUUCUACCAAUACGUUGUAAAGCUGAUGUUGUCUUCUAGCCAUGAGACAAAAGAUGUGUAAGUGUUUUUGUUCACUUUGAGGAAGCAGAAAAAAAAGGAAAGAAAUGAAUGGUCAUCACCAUGAACAUGUAUUUACAAAAGAAAAGUGAAAUACUGUUGCUAUUAACUUCGAUGGUGUCCGUAUAUUUUGAAAUGAAUCGCAGUAACGCGCAUGACAGGAGAUUUCUACCGCGGCUUUAUUUAUCGUUGUACCACUUUUCAAAAAUGUGUGAAUGUCCUGACUUUCAUGUGAGUGUGUGUGCGUGUGCGUGUACAACAACGGUGUCUGCCUGCUGCAUGCAAGGCCUGCUGUGUUUGUGAACGCACACUGAGCUAGCUGCCUGUGAACAGUUGGUGUGUAUGCGACUCUUUCUACUGGAAUUAUUUAUUUCUCAUAACCAUCGCAAAGUAAAUUGAAUCUGUUUCAUAUAACAAGUCUGAGUUUGGUCUCUCUUGGUUACGUCGUUCCUAAUAAUUUGACAGCUGACUCAAUUAAAAGACCUUAAAAAGUCUUAUUAUUGACCACUAGGGGUCAUCAGAAAUUAAAUAAUUCAUAAUUUCAUCUGUAUGUAUGUUCAUGUCAAGACAAACACUUGAGUCCCUAUAAAAUAAUCGUUUAAUAAGCAUUUCUGAAUUAUAACUCACAAAGUGAAUCAUAGAAGGCACAACAGAUAUAAGGCGUUAGAUAUAAAACAGAUCAAAAAAUUGAUUAUCAUCACGUGAUCAAUUUCAGUAUCCUGAAAAUAAGCAUGUUCAUUGUUUAAAAAAAAAAAAAAAAAAAAAAGUUAAAGCCAGUUCAACUGCUGUGUCAUUGUCACUUGACUGGUUCAUAAAUCCAGUUGCAGCUCCCAAAAAUCAUGAUUUCCCUCACUAUGUUCAACAAAAAAUGCUGACCUUUGCACUUUCCUCAAACUGUGAUAUACAAAAUGCAUUUGAUUGUCACCCCCCCCCCACCCCACCCCAUACAAAAAUAUAAAAUGAGAGUUUCAGUGUUUUGUUUUUUAAAAAAAGACUUAUUGGCGCAGGUCUCCGUUAACAGGACUUGUGGGAGGACAUCAGCAAAGGAGAAGAAAUGUCCACAUUGUGCCAAGGCAACGGAAUGGCUCCGUUCAACAAGGUGGCGUGGCUCUGCAGAUGGCCUGGGCUUAAAGGUCCCACUGGACUUAAAUUGGACCACAAGUGGAUGUUGGACAGCAGCGGAUUGGGGGUGAGCAGUAGACCCGACGGCGUCUACAAAAGCACAAAAAAAUGUCAAGAUGAAAAAGUCGUGUUGACUUUGGCAUCAGCCAUCGUCAUUAAUCUGCCUGCGAUGGCUUGUAAGACCGGCAGAGGGCGUCAUUGAAUAGCGCUUUACUGAUUUUGAGCCCCUCCAAUGACAUCCGAAGAAGACGAAGCAGGAAGUAAGAAGGAACCCCGCCAAGUUUGCCCCCACAACUUGGCCACCUCCUCCGACUUGAGCAGCUUGAACUCGCCGUCGUCUGACGUCCAGCAGAUGAGAUGUUUGUGGCUUUGGUCGAGCAGCAGCUGCAGGAGGAACUGCCACAGCGUGCUGGAGCUCUCCAUGACGUGACGAUCAACCACUGGCGAACAUGGGACUUCGGCAGCAAGAUGAAGACCCUGCAAAGUCCAAAGACUCCACCUUGUCUUUGCCGAAACACUCCUACUGGUUCGACUUUUGGAUUUUCGUCGUCUUUGACGUUGUGUUUUUCCUGAUCAUGUAUUUUAUAGUUCCCUAAUAUGGGCGAUGAGGGGACCAGAGACUGAACUGCGAUUACCAGUCCUGCUCACCGUUGUGGAAAUGCUAACCCAGCAAUCGACUGAAUCCUCACACAAUUUAAUACGAUGUCCAUAAUAGUUUCUCGUAUUCAAAGACGAAAGAUGUGUCUUUUUAAACACGAGUUUUCUUGACCACGUCUCACUUUGUGUGGCAAUUGACACUUCCGGAAGGACUAUUGAAUCGGAUGAUGAAUUCACAUUUCAUUUGUAAUAAAGAAAAUGUCUUUAUUUUUCUCUUUCAACUGAAACUAAAACGUUACAAUCGUAGAUGUUACCGAUGGAGAAUAAAUCAGUGUUUGUGAAAUGUG